ACUUUAUUCAUCGGAGCUCAGGUUCCAUGAACGUCGGAGCUCCGUCCAUCAAUGGCCAUCAACAAGCCUCCUGCUACUACAAAUUCCGACAACGAACGCAUCGUUAUUGGAUCUGCCAUAGCCUCACGGCUUCUUCUACUCUUCUUAAUCGUCUUCUGGCGCUUUCUCCUCAGCCCUUACGACACUUCAGCAUCGCUUAAUCCUCCAUGCUUAAUCAACCCAUCUUCUUUACCCCUCUCCCAACAACCAGUUCUUUUUCCUCAAAUUGGCUCCGCCAUUGAGAGCAGCAUUGUCUGGGAUGGCGUCUACUUUGUUCGAAUCGCACAGUGCGGUUAUGAAUAUGAGAAAUCCUACGCUUUCUUGCCCCUUCUCCCUUUCUGCAUUUCCCUCCUGUCCCACACAGUAUUGUUGCCUUUGGUUCCGGUAAUUGGGCAUAGAGCUGUAUUGGGACUAUCUGGAUAUCUAAUCAAUAACAUUGCCUUUGUCCUUGCUGCACGUUAUCUUUUCAGGCUUUCACUUGUUAUUUUGAAGGAUGCGGAAGCAGCAAUGCGGGCUUCAGUUCUAUUUUGCUUCAAUCCUGCUUCUAUAUUUUAUUCAUCAUUAUAUACUGAGAGUUUAUACUCGCUAUUUUCAUUGGGUGGAUUAUAUCACUUGAUGAGUGGUAGAAGAAGUGUUUCUGCUCUUUGGCUAGCUCUUUCUGGCUGUGCUAGGUCUAAUGGAGUACUUAAUGCUGGUUACAUCUGUUUUCUGACUAUGCAUUGGGCUUAUGAUGCUCUUUUCCUGAAGAAAUGUAUCCGUAAGGGACUGCAGGUUCUCAUUUCUGGAGCCCUAAACUGUGUCUUUAUAUUUGCUCCAUUCAUUGGAUUUCAAGCAUAUGGGUAUUACAAUAUUUGCAGUGGACGGAUACCAGAAGAAAUGAGGCCAUGGUGUAAAGCUAGGGUACCGCUGCUAUACAACUUUGUUCAAAGUCACUACUGGGGAGUAGGUUUCUUAAAAUAUUUUCGAUUCAAACAGCUACCAAACUUUCUACUUGCAUCCCCAAUUUUGUCUUUGGCUUUUUUCUCAAUUCUUCACUACGGAAUGUCAAAGACAAAGCUUCUAUUCUCGGUGGGUUUCCAACCAAUGGAUGAUGAUAGAAAUUCUGCUGCCAUGCUUUACUUUCCAGAACGUGUUUCAAGGUCAAGCACACCUCAUACUACGUCUUCCUCUGGGUUACAAGGAAAUCAGAAUCUUAGACGGAGAAAGAAGAUUAUUGGACAGGAUCCUGCUGAGCUUCCAGUAGAGGAUAAACCAUCCAAUGGGUCAGGAUACUUUUCUGCUCUUGUACUUCCAUUUAUCCUACAUUUGGGGUUUAUGGCUGCCACAGCAUUUUUUAUCAUGCAUGUACAGGUUGCAACACGAUUUCUCUCUGCAAGCCCUCCUCUGUAUUGGUUUGCCUCAUACAUUACAGUUUCUCCCGAUCGGUUUAAGCGAUGGGGAUAUAUUAUCUGGGCAUACUCUAUUGCAUAUAUCCUCCUCGGUAGUCUGCUGUUUUCGAAUUUCUACCCUUUCACAUGAUUCGUUCUCACAGCAAAAAAAAAAAAAAAAAAAAAAAAAAAGAACACUUUUAGCUUUGGUAUCGAAUCAUCUUGGUUGCUGAUGAUCAUGCUAUUGCUUCAUAGUCCACAUUUGACUGUUUUGUAUAAGAAAAAAUGUUUAGAACAAGAGCCACAGAAUUCCUUAUAGUUCAUGUAUUGGGGGAGUUCUUUGAGUAGAAGUUAUUUAAUUAGUUUAAAGAAAUUUUGUUCACCUUGUAUGUAAAAAUUGACUUAAUGAGGAUAAUUAAUUACCAAGUUGUAUAA